GAUGGUGGCGCUGUUGGGACUGGCCGCUCCAGAGGCCUGGGCUACCGACUCAACGAUUUGAGCCCCGUCCAUCUGCCGGAAUACUACGAAUCUGGCCAGCCCUACGGCCCGGACCGACAUGCCUCCGUUUGGUCAGAGAAGCAGGGAAAACGGAUGACUCAGCGUCUACGGAUUACCGGAAAUCCUCGGGUAUCCCUUCGUCUUUGGGAUCACAAAGUCGCUAACUUGAGUGAUCUUUUGUCAGUGUUGUUUCUUGUCGCAUGUUGUCAAAUCGCCUAUCGUCGGCCGUACCUCCUCAAACAGGCCAAGAAGGCAACCGAGGGGUCGGAGAGCAAGCAGUUUAAUGAAUCGUUUUUACGCACAUUUGGCAUACCUACACUAUCCCAAGCCUUGACGACAGUCGUGCCUAGCGCCGGAAGAAGUAAGGGCUCAGAACAGAUGAACGAGGACGAUGGCAGCCGUGACAACAGCGUCUGGACAGGGUUUCAGAAAAUUCCGACAUUAAUACAGAGUCGUCAGGGCGAUAAUGACCAUGAUGAGAUUGUGGAAGGUGCAGGGGAAUUAACACUUUUGGAGAAGAUGAGACUGAGAAUUGCUAAAUUGAAGAUGGAGGCCAAAGAAGAGAUGAGCACAAAUGCAGAAAGAGUGUAA